AUGGGAGUUGGAUGGGUAUUGGAUAUAUCGAAAUUAAAAGCAGUCUGGUCCAAGCCUUAUCUGACAGAAGCGCCCCAUCUCAUUGUGGUUAUGAAACAAGCUCAACUUAUUGGUGGAUCGAACGAGAUCACUUCAAUGCAUUACAAUCAGAUCAGCAUUGGCAUUGCUGUCGGCAUCCUAAUUGCUGCGCUCCACGAUGCAGGACUAGCAACAGUAAUCACUUAUCCGUUGUACGGAGGUGAAAAAAUUCGGAAACAGCUGAAGAGGCCCUGGGACGAGGAAGUCUUCCUUUUAUUACCUGUUGGCUUCCCGGCCAAAAAUGCUACCGCACCGGAUCUUAAACGGAAACCAAUUGAGGAAAUUAUCAGGUGUUAUGUCUAG